CUCGGGAACCCGCGCUGUAAAGAAAUCUGAGUCUGCAGGCUUCUCUACAGUGCAUCGUUUCACAUCAGGUCACUCUUCAGUGUCUUAUUAGCUGAGUCAUGCAGAAAUUUUGAAGACCCCCCUUUAACCGGCGCUGAGCGUUAUUAUUCUCCGAGUGGAGACCCGGAGACUGAGCUUUGCUUCCAGCCUGUGUGGUCAGGCAGAGACGAGCUGCGCCAUUAGAUGUCGCCGUGUACUACCCAUUUGAUUUUGGCAGCAGUGAAAGGCCGUUUGAAAGCAGUCUUUAGUAGGUUUGUCACGACUGCCCAGCUUUACCUCCUUCCAGUGGGAGGGUGUCUGUUCCUCUCUGAGCUGAGGGCAGUAGCCUCACUGCACAGUCUCUCCAGCUGAGAUGAAGUCCUGCUCUGAGCACAGCACUGCAAGAUUCUGAUUUUUGAUAUUCAAUGUCCUAUAGUUUGCUGGCUAUCCCUGAGCAAUGGCUGUUGACUAAGAUGAGUGUGGGGGAAGGACACUGACACUGUGUGGUAGCUCUAACAAUAGACGUCUUGGUUUGGGUGUACAGUUAAGAUGUGUAGGUGCGCUCCAGCUAUAUGCCUGUGGCUGGCUCUGAUACUGCUCCCUCCACUGCAAGCUAAGGUCAUUGCCCCAGCCUACCUGCAGGCAACAUUGGGAUUCCCCUUCAUACUGGGAUGUAACGUGACCAUAAAUGCCAAGGAGGUCCUCAAACAGGUCCGCUGGCUCAACGCCCAGAACGAGACCAUCCUUCAUUACCAGCCCCAGGAGCCUGGCAGCCUUACCAGACAUGACGGAGUAGAGCUGGUCACCAAACAAGCGCACACCAGUGCCAUCGCCAUCCAGAAGGCCAAACCAGGGGAUGAGGGAUGCUACACAUGUGUGUUUGACGUGUACCCAACUGGGCAGCAGCAAGGAAAGACUUGCCUCUUUGUAGUGACGAGGGUGGAAUCGGGGGGCAACAAAACAGCAGUUGGUGGAAAACCUACUACACUCUCAUGCACGUACGCUCUUCCGGAAAGAGUCGUGCAGGUCCUGUGGAGGAAAACAGCAGAGCAGGGUGACACUGCCAUUGUGGCCUCAUACUUCAGGUAUGGCAGGGUUGAAGUGGACAAGCCAUUCCAGGACCGGAUGAAGCUGAGCCCGUCUGUGGGGCACAGCCUACUGACCGUAAGCUCGGUCCGCACAGAGGAUGAGGGGUGUUACACCUGCGAUUUCCACAUUUAUCCACAGGGCUCGAGGAGCAUGACGGCGUGUCUGGCUGUGUAUGUCCUGCCCAAACCUGAAGUGAGUUCUGCCACCAUUGAGCCUGGUGUAGUCCAGGCCAACUGUACAGCCGUGUCCCGCCCUCCUGCGGAACUCAUCUGGAACGUGGAGAAUCAUAACCGCACGUUGGGUUCCUCGGAGACUUCAUAUUACCAGCAAGGGGAUGGCACCACUAUGGUGGUCAGCACCAUCCUGCUACAGGCUGAGCUACUGGACGAAAAGCAAGUGACAUGUACAGCCCUGCACCAAGGCCUGGAAACAAACAUUUCUGUUCAUUUGAACAAGACUGGCAAUACCCACAUCGUCCUCCUCUCUGUGGGCUGCGUAGUGCUUGUACUGCUCAUAUGCUUUUGUGUCUGUCUGAAGAAGUGCUAGCAACUCGCACUGAGACGGCUGACUGAGAAGAACCAGGAUGAAUGAAAAUGCUGCUAUGACUGGACACUAAGCUGACACGGCUGACAGAGCUACAGUGUGCCUUCAAUACAGUAUGUUUUAUGACUGGGCUAAUAUGUCCUUGGACUUUUUCAAUGGAAUGGUUCUGUAAAGCACCAUAUUAUCAGGAGACAAUGGAGCUUGGUCAUCAUGUAAAUAAUCAAAAUGAAAACACUAUUCACUGGAAACACUAAACUUCCUUUAUUUUUUUAUAUGUUUUAGAAAAGGCUAAUGUCUUAAGUUAACUUGCCAGUCAGGAAUGUCAUAUAUGCCAAGAAAAAGAAACACAUUAUUAAUGAGGCCAUUGUUGUCUGUGAUUAUAGAUCAGAAGCCAGACUUAUCACAGGGAAACAGAUUUAUCACUGAACACCUUUUUUGCCCUCAAGUGCCUUGCUAUUGUCUCCACGUUGCUAAGCGUGUUUUAUUGUGCUCCCACUAGAGGGAAGUAUACUCAUAGUCUGAUGCCUUUUCCCUCACAGUCUUCCACAGUACACUACACGUUGUACAUUUUACAUACAUAUUGGACUAAAUCUGUUUGCCUCAUCAACAGUUUUUAAACAGUUUAUGUUUAGAUUCAAUGUAAUUAGCAUCGAUGGAACUGCUUGUACUGAUAUUUGCUUAACUAGCUUUAAAAACGCUACGGGAGAAGUCAUUGUGUUGCACUGUUGUGUUGUUUAAUAUAGUUUAAUUGUUGUUCAGACUUGUUUAUAAUGUCCAAAUGUGGACUGUUAGUUUUCUGCUGAAUUGGACUGUUUGAUAUUUUUACGAACUGAGACAGAAAGAAACAACAAAACACUGUUUGUCUCAUCUUCAGCCCAUUUCUACACCUAACCCACAGAAAUGGUCACAGUACUUUGCACUGAAAAACAGGAAAGUACCAUAACAAGCGUGAAUCACAACAGAACAUCCUGCCACAGACAGUGCCUAAAUAUAGCUUUACAUUGAAUUUGAA